AAUGAAAAGUUGCCACCCUGGAGGCAGUCAGCUGUAUCUCUCUCACCUGACGCUUCCCAGGGAAUGUUUACGUGUAAUUUGUGUGCUUCAGACCGUGCUGAAGAAGUUCAGGAGCAAUGUCUGCCCGGAAGAGAGUGUGUGUUGUGGUCCUGGGUGACAUAGGAAGAAGUCCCAGGAUGCAGUAUCACGUGAAGAGUCUUGUGGAGCACAAUUUUGCCGUGGAUCUGGUGGGAUAUCUGGAAACGACACCAAUUGCCACAAUUACCUCCAGUGAACAAGUGAAGAUCCACGAACUCAAUCCCUUUCCGAAUCUCGGACUCCCACGCCUUGUCAACUACAUCACCAAGACCAUUUGGCAGUUUCUCACACUCACAGUCGCCCUCCUGUCAAUCUCUCGGCCAGAUCUGAUGCUCUGUCAGAAUCCACCGGCUAUUCCCACUCUCAUUGUCUGCUACUACUACUGUUGGGUGAGGAAUACGAGACUUCUGGUGGAUUGGCACAAUUAUACCCACACAAUCCUGGCCCUGACAUCCUCAGAGGGCAGUUUUGUUGUGCGCCUGGCCAGAUGGAUUGAGAGCUAUUACGGACGCAGAAGUGCAGGAAAUCUCUGUGUCACGGAAGCCAUGAAGAAGAAUCUCCUGGAAAUGUGGGACAUUAAAGCGACAGUGCUCUAUGAUCGUCCUCCUGACCAUUUCCAUCCAAUCUCCCUGGAAGAGAAGCAUCAGCUGUAUGUGCAAUUGUCCAAAACCAUCUCCCAGUUCAUCACAAAAUCCCCCGAUGACUUCAAAGAAAGCGGAGUUGUGGAAUCCACAAUUUUCACCCAGAAACUCAGCAAUGGCACAAUCCUCGCCAAAGCCACUCGUCCAGGAAUCCUAGUCUCCAGCACCAGUUGGACUCCCGACGAGGAUUUUGGCAUCCUCCUUCAGGCUCUCGAGCUCUAUGAGGAGCACGUGUCCGGGAAACCCGAAGGCGCUUUCCCGGAUCUCGUGUGCAUCAUCACGGGCAAGGGACCCGACAAGGAGCACUACCAGAGCAUCCUCAAGGAGAAACAGUGGAAACAUGUGGCUGUAGCCACCCCCUGGCUAGAGAAUCAAGACUAUCCCAAACUCCUGGCCGCCGCAGACUUGGGCGUUUGCCUCCAUUGGAGCUCCAGUGGCCUGGAUCUGCCCAUGAAGGUUGUGGACAUGUUCGGUUGUGGCCUUCCCGUGUGCGCUAUUAACUUCAAAUGCUUAAAUGAGCUUGUUCAGCAUCGGAAAAAUGGAUUCAUCUUCGAGAAUUCCCAGCAACUUUUCCAGCAUCUUUGCUACUGGUUCGAAAAGUUCCCUGACAACAUUGCCCUAGUCCCAGUCAAAGAUGAAUUCGACAGAUCUCUCAAGGCAUUCCAGCAACUCCGAUGGAAGGACAAUUGGGACCGAGAAGCACUUACAUAUUUCCAGUAGAACCAAAAAGAAAUCCCCCAAAAUAAAAGAUCAAUUUGUGAAGAAAUCACCAUUUAA